CCGGGAUCCUAUUAAACCCGGCUUUGUGCCGGCAGUUUUGAGUCCGUCGUCGUGUAGCUCUGAUCGUUAGACCAGUUCCUUCCACGCCACUAGCCCAAACCAAAUUUGCUCCGUGACGCCACUAGCCCAAUCAUACAUCCGCGCCUUGCUCCGUGACGCCGGUCUCGUCUGCUCGAUCCGGCCUGUGGUUUUCUCGGAGAUUCCCGCUUGUCGUGGCGGUCGCAUCGCGUGUGCUCGUGUUACGUGUGGAUCUGGUUUGGACAACGAGGAGAAGCGUGGAGGUGAUCGGAUAAGGAGGGGCGCCUUCAGUGCUGUCUGGGGCUCGAUCUGUUCAUCAGCUGUACAUCUGGAAGGGCUUCGUGGGAUCUGCCACUGCAAGCUGACUAAGCUACAGCAGGAAGGCUCGGUUGUUGCCAUUCGUCUCCACUACCCGCACCUCGGGCCAUGUUGACCCUGGUCAUCUCCGAGCGGCGGAGCCACCAUCACCACCACUCAUCUGGUCGCCGGAAGAAGGCAUCAUCAGUACCGUCCCAUUUCUCCUUGCCACAGUCCAUCCGCUGCUUCCAAACCGGGAACUGCCGCCUUUUCCACUCCGGCAUCCUGCCGUCCCCGCCCACCCCAGGGGCACGAACCUACUCUUCCCCUGAGCCCAAGACGCCGAAGCAGCAGCUGCACCAUGGGAAAAAAUGCAGCGGAGCAAUCUCUAUAAGCCCCUCGACAUCCCCUCCUCGCCCUGAGCUCUGGGCUGGCCCGGGGUUCUCCAACUCGCCACCCCCCAGCUCACUGCCGAUACCCAAGUUCUCCCUCCACCAGAAGCGCAGUGUCUCACUUGAAUUUCCACCUGCUGACCGAUCAGACGAUGAGGAGGUGCUUGUGCAUGCCAAGUCAGCACCUUCAUCGCCGACUGCAGGCUCAGGUGUCAGCUUCUUCAGUGAUAGUGAUACUGCCAUUGCGACGGAGAAUUUGAGGAGGAUCCUUCACUUGAAAAUUGCUGAUUACUGAAUGGGUGGUGGACAGUUAUGUGUACAUAGGUUAACUACAACUAACCUUGGUAGUCAGUAGGGUGGCUGAGAAUAACAACCCUCACCUGAGGAUGGUUCUGCAUCAACAGGAGUACUGUAGGUGGGUUAGCAAGCACAACGAGAAGGUUAGGCAGUAUGGAACUGCAGUGAAGGAUAUGGUGAUAGUGGAGAUUGAUGGGGUGCAUGAGGGCUCUGCACUUCCUGAGUCACCUUUGUAGCUUGUACCUUGUAGUGGCCUAUAUGUUCCCCAUGUUUUUAGGUGUUGGUUGUUUAGGUGUUAGAUAAGUAUUUGCAUCCUUGAUACCAUCAUGGACCAGUAGUGGUGGCCUGCAUAAUCCUUGUUCCUGAUAGUUCAUGUCAGGCAGGGUAUUGUAGUUUGUUAGUAUCUGUUCAAAUUUUAGAUGACUUUAGCUUACACUCUGCCAUAUGUUCAAGUGUAGUCAUCUGUAGGAUGGCUGCAUCUCUUGCAAUUUGCAUUCUGUCUCACCUUGUUGACUCGCUACCUUGCAUCCUCCUGAGUUAACUAACCUCCCUUCAUAACAUCUCCUUGUGCUCUGCAAAGUGCACAAGGCUUUCCCCUUACUGGCACUUCUGUUUUUUGGAAGGAAGAUGCUCAGUGGAGCUGUUAUGAAGUCCUGAUUCAAUGUUCUUUGUCCUCCAUCUGUCUCCACUAGUUUUAUCGGUGCACCUCCUUUGUUUCCUCAGUUCUUUGCAUAUCUAGCAUGUCAAAUUGCAUUCCCUGCCAUCCAAUCUUUUUUUUGUAUUGUUGCUCUCGGAGUUGCAUCUUGUGGUGGGUUUCCUUUGUUUAGGCAUCCUUUAUACCUCCUUGUCCUUGUUCAUAUUUUUGGAGCAUCCCAGGGUUCUAGUAUCCUUCACGUAUUCUCAUAAAGGACUUCGUAUGCUAAAGACCUGCAAGUGCGCGAACCUGAAUACGGUUUGCUUAUCCAAUGCAUUUCAUGGUAUCCAUACCUGGAGUCCAGAAUUUACAAAGUGUCUUAUCACUCAGUUAUCUGUUUUCUUCAUAGCCCAGUACAUGCUAGACUGAUGGUUUUGUGUAAUUGCCACUUGGUUAGCUGAUUCUGGUACUGUUUAAUGUUAUUAUAUGGCUUCAGUGUUGUUUCAUGUUAUUGGUGGACGCUCUGGCAUUCUGUCGCUUUCUAUUUAACCACUUUUAGUCCU